AUGAAUAGCGCAUAUGAACAGAUUUUAGUUUCCACGGUAAAUUGGACCCUUUUCACUUUCUCGCAGGUUUUCUUCAACAGCGUGAUCCCGGACCACGACGCAGAUGCGUUCCAGCCACCGUGCGGCGGCGGCGGCGCCACGCUAGGCGACCGCAUCAUCGACGCCCUCCUCGGCGGGUUCCGCCGCUGGGACGCCCUCUACUUCCUUCACGUCGCCGAGCGCGGCUACACGUUCGAAAACUGCCUCGCGUUUCUCCCGCUGUUCCCUCUCACGGCGGCCUCCCUUGCCCGCGCCGCGCUCGCCGCCGCCCCCGCGUCCUUCCUCGCUCUCUCCUCUCUCGUGCUCGUCUCCUCGACCGCGCUCAACGUCGUGUACUUCGUCGUCUCCGCCGUCUUCCUCUCGCAUCUCGGACGGCUGGCGACGGGGAGCACAGAGGUGGCGUGCGUCGCGACGAUGCUCUAUUGUUUCAACCCGGCGAGCGUGUUCUUCAGCGCCGCGUACUCGGAGUCGAUGUUCGCCGCGGCCACGUUCUGCGGACUCAUCCUCUGCGAGAAGGACCAGCUUUUCGCCGCGUCCGUCGUCUUCGGCCUCGGCGCGGGAACGCGCGCCAACGGCGUCGUCUCCGCGGGUUUCGUCGUCUACUUCCGUCUGCGGCGGACGCUGGCGUCGUUGCCGCGGCGACGGGGCGUCGUCGAGACGUCGCUGCGUGUCACCGCGGCGACGACGUCCGCGGCGGCGUACGCUUGCAUCUGUGUCGCGCCGUUUCUCGCCUACCAGUACUACGCUUACGGCGUUUUCUGCGCGCGCCCGGCACCGCCGCCCCCGCCGGACCUCCUCGAGUUUGGGCGCGCGAACGGGUACGUCGUCGCGGGGGACGGGCGGCGCCCCCUGUGGUGCGACGCGCCGCUGCCGCUCUCCUACUCGCACGUGCAGCGAGAGUACUGGGACGUCGGCUUCCUGCGCUACUACCGCGCGAAACAGAUUCCGAACUUCGUCCUCGCCGCGCCGGCGCUCUACCUCUGCGGGCGCGCCGUCGCAUCGUACGUCCGCCGCCGCUGGGAGCACGCGUCGUGCCUCGGGUUCCGCCAGGCGGCGCCGCGGCGGCGCGACGCGGGGUUCUACGCGGACGGGUGCUUCGUGUACGUCGCCCACUGCGCGACGUUGCUGUUCACGUGCGCGGCGUUCGCGCACGUUCAGGUGUCGACGCGACUCCUGUGCUCGUCCUCGCCCGUGAUCUACUGGUACUGCGCUCAGCUGCUGUGCGACACCUCCUCCUCCUCCUCCUCCUCGUCCUCCUCCGCAGCGGGGAGGAGGUGGCGGUGGGACGAGGGACUCUCGGGGAAGGAGAACGCGACGGGGUUUGUCCUCGGACUGCUCGAGCGAUGGCGGACGCUGGACGCGGGGAAGCGAUUCGUCGUUCUCUACUUCAUCUCGUAUUUUGUUGUUGGCAUCGCGAUGCACUGCAACUUCUUGCCGUGGACUUGAAGACAGAGGGAAGACAGAGAGAAGACAGAUGGAGGACAUAGGGAGCACCUAAAACUUGGAGGAAACGCCAUCCGAGUGGGAACGGUCAACCAACGUGAAGGAGAACCCACGUCAGUUUGGA